ACACACGUACUUGCAGGCACAGGACCUGCUAGCAACGCAGGGAAGGGCUAAUGCUCAGCACGAAGCAAGACCUGUUCCUGGGGCGCCAUUCUUUUUGUCAUAUUCUGUGCCUGGACUUGUGUAGGUGACCAGGGCACAAUACAUACCUUCGCUGAAUGAAACAUAUAAAGAUCCUAGGAACGCAAUGCUUGAGAGUACCCGCCGAAAACUUGGUUACCUUGCCACCCAGGAAUAAAUGUUCAUUUCAGCUCCUGAGCAGAGCCAAACAUCUGGAAGGAGAAGGAAAACACAGAUGAGACCGUUAUCAGAUAGUGGCUAUCUGCACAAGAGAGUUUCUUUCAUUUCAUUCACUUGGGAGUUUCCUUUAGGGUUGGCCCCUCAUUGCUCUUACAAAUGCUCCUGGAUCUAUACUGAGAGGAGCCUUGUCUCCCUCCCUUUGUGAAGCCAACUGCCUGUGAGUUUGUAACCAUUACAGCUGUUGAUGAUGAAACAAUAAAGAAGAACCUCCUCUAAGUCAAAAAGUGCAGCUAGAGAUAAGAUUCAUUUUCAAUGCCCCUGCAGCUGCGUCUGAUGGCAUGGCCACCGCACUUCUCAGCAAGUGGGGAUCCAAGGCUGAUUCAUCGCAAAGGCCAGACACAUUCAGCAUCUGCCCUGUGUCUGAUACUGUGCUAGGUGCUGGGGCUGCAGCUGAAUGCACCAAUAGGAUGGACCUAGUCCCUGAAUUCUGCUCUUGAGCAUGCUCAUUGGAAACAAGAGGAUCCCCAGAGGCAGAUUCAUCAGAAAACUCAGCCUCUCCACAGCUCAAAGUACCAGAAGUUUAUUGCAGGAUGUGAUUAUCAUGGCACCUGCAUUACUGAUUCUCUUGGGGGCUACAGUGAUACUGAGAGCAGACUCACUUUCUGAUAAAAAAUCUUUACUUCUCCCACCUACCAACUUCACUAUCAAAGUUACUGGCCUUUCCCAAGUUCUUUUGCGUUGGGAAUCAAAUCCUGAUCAAGAGCCAGUGAAUAUAGAGCUAGGCUAUCAUGUGAGAAUAAAUGCUCCACAAGAAGAAGACUAUGAAACCAGGAACACUGAAAGCAAACGGGUAACCGUUCUUCAUAAAGGCUUUUCAGCAAGUGUGCAGACGGUCCCUUGGAACGGCCAGCCCCUCCCACCAAGCCGCUGGGUUUCUGCUGAACUUAAAGCCCCACCUGGGUCUCCUGGAACCUCGAUUGUGAAUUUAACAUGUACCACAAACACCACAGUGAAUAAUCAUACUCCCUUAAGGCCAUACCAAGUUUCUCUUCACUGCUCCUGGCUAGCUGGCAAGGAUGCCCCUGAGGAUACACAGUAUUUUCUCUACUAUAGGUAUGGCUCCUGGACCGAAGAAUGCCAGGAGUACAGGAGAGACACCCUGAACAGAAAUACUGCAUGCUGGUUUCCAAAGACUUUUAUCAGCAGCAGAGGGAGUGAGGCACUCGCAGUGCAUGCUAAUGGCUCAAGCAAGCAUGCUCCAAUCAAGCCUUUUGAUCAGCUGUUUGCUCUUCAUGCAAUCGAUCGCAUUAAUCCUCCAGUGAAUGUCACAGCAGAAAUUGAAGGAACCUGUCUUUCAAUUCAGUGGGAAAAACCAGUUUCUGCCUUUCCAAUUCACUGCUUUGAAUAUGAAGUGAAAAUUUACAACACCAGGAAAAAUUAUUUCCAGACAGAAAAACUGAUGACGAAUGCAUUCAUCUCAAUAAUUGAUGAUAUUUCUAAGUAUUCCGUUCAAGUGAGAGCCACCGUGAGUUCUAUGUGCAGACAGAUGGGGUUUUGGAGCGAGUGGAGUCAACCUAUAUACGUGGGAAGUGAUGACCAGAAGCCCUCCACAGAAUGGUUUCUUAUCGUGCUUAUGGCGGCCAUCUGCUUCAUCUUGUUAAUUUUCUCCUUCAUCUGUAAAACAGGUCACUUAUGGACCAGGUUGUUUCCACCAGUUCCGGCACCAAAAAGUAGUAUUCAAGAUUUCUUUGUCAUCGUCAGCUCUGAGAAAACUGUUUCCACUGAAACAGAAAUUGAAGUCAUAAGUUAUGUGGAAGACCCUGGAUUUGAGACCCUGGAAGAUUCUGUGUUUUGAUUGGCACUGCAGCAUUCUCGAAAUGAACUCACACUCACAUGCCUCAGCGAUAAGAAGAACGGGAACUGUUGUUUCUUGGCUAAGAAGAGUUCAGAAUUUACUGAACACUCAAUUUAGCUGCAAGGCAAUACACUCAGACAAAUCUUUUAAAAGUGUACAUGCCUCAUCAAAAACUCCUUGCUCACUCAGGGUGAUGGAUUAAUCUGAUCAUUCUGCCAUGUCUUUUCUCCCCACUCUACAGGGUACCAACUCCUCACCUGCCAGUCUUUAUGAUUUACAUUACUUACCUCAAACUUUUGUACACGAGUCAGUUUUUAAGGCUGAUGUCAACUGGCAGAGCUGGUUUUACAGGUGAAGCUGCCAAUGGUAAUACUCAACUAAAAUAUCAGGAAGAAAGCAUUUUGUACCAGCCUGGAGUUAAUUAUGAACUUAGAUUUGAGAUGGUCUUUCCUAAAGCUAGAGCAAGUGGGAGCCAUGGUGGGUUGUUGUUGUUGUUUUAUAGAAUACUUUUUGUCUCAAGUAGUGUGUUGGGGGAGUGGGGGAAGGAGAGGGAGAGAAGCAUGAUCUCAAAUUCUAUAGCUAUGAUUAAGGAAGCAUGAUUUGAAGCAAACUCAUUAAAAACAUGAAGAGCUAAUAUAUCACUCCAAACCAAAACAGAGAACAGGAUAUUGUUUGAGAUUGUAUUCCUGAAGACAGCAUUGAUAUUCAAGAACAUACUGAGAAAGGCAGAACUGGGUUGGGAAGGGGACUGCUCAAUCAAGAAGGAACUUUCUGCAAGAGAUGCUUGCUUCCAAAGAUUUAAGAGCAACUCCUGGGUGCUGUUCAAGUAGUUCUGUAUCAGUCCUAGCCUUUUAGGUUCCAAAGACAUUCUACAAACAUUCCAUCAAACAUCCCAAUCUAGACAUCCUCUUGUAGGAUGAUUUAUGCCUCCCAGAGUUGGUUUAGUCAACUGGAUUCAAUAAUGGGGCACACUGACUAACUACCAAAUACUUCCAGAGGGUGCUCUUUUGGUAACCAUCAAUUGAAACUAGCAGCAGGUUGGACCCAGAACAACAGGCAGAGCAGUAAGACAGCUGUCAGUUGUUGCCUGUUUCCAAGUAUUAUGGACUGAAUGUUUAUGCCCAUCCCCUUCUAAUUCAUAUUGAAACUAUACACCCCAGUGUGAUGGUACUAGGAAGUGGGGGGGUCUUUGAGAGGUGAUUAGGUCAUGAGGGUAAAGCCCUCAUGAAUGGGAUUAGUGCCCUUUUUAAGAGACCCCAGAGAGUUUUCUCUCCUCUAUGUAAAGAUACAAGAAGUUGGUAUUCUGAAAGCAGUAGGAGGGCUCUCCUGAGAACCCUGCCAUUCUGGCACCUUGAACAGAGAAUACCAGUCUGCAGAACUGAGAAACAAGUUUGCUAUUUAUAAGUCACCCAGAGUAUGGUACUUGGUUGUAGCAGCCUGAACUAAGAGGCCAAGUGUUAGCAACUAUGCCAGGUACUUUACACACAUUAUCUCUAAACCUGAGAAACCCACAUUGUUUGUAUUACUGCCUCCUUUUACAGGUGCAGUCACUAAGGAAAAUGCAUAAUGAAGGGUUGAAUUCCUGUCCCAAGUGAUCCCAAUAAUGCAGAGGGGACUGCUGGAAUAAAGUUGGAGUCUGCUUAGCAGUAGGACCUAGAGGGCAUAGCCCAUGGAGGUGCUCUGCCAUCACUGGCAAAAUGUGUGAUUACCUGACUUGUACACUAUCUCUGUGAAUGGUGUUCAAGAACCUGCAUUCUUAAUGAAUAUUCUUAGGUUCUGCAUUCUGAAACUUGCUAGUGCCUUAGAAUCACCUGGAGGCAUCAUCAAAACAGAUUGUUGGGCCCUAUCCUCAGUUUGUGAUAGAGUAGAUCUGGGGUGGGGUAGGAGGUUCUGCAUUUCUAGAAAGUUCCCAGGUGAUGGGGCACCUGGGUGGCUCAGUCGAUUAAGCGGCGGACUUCGGCUUAGGUCACGAUCUCGCGAUUUGUGAGUUUGAGCCCUGCGUCCGGGCUCUGUGCUGACAGCCUGGAGCCUACUUCAGAUUCUGUGUCUCCUCCUCUCUGCCUCUCCCAUGCUCAUGCUCAUGCUCUGUCUCUCUCUCUCUCUCAAUAAAUAAAUGUUUAAAAAAAUUUUUUUUAAAUGUUUAGAAAGUUUCCAGGUGAUGCUGAUGCUGGUUUCCUAGCCACACAUCACAAACAGCAGCACUGGGUAUUUCUGAUGAAUACCAAAACUUGAAAACCAACCGUUGAAGGCAUAAGUGAUGGAAAAGUCCUGCCCCAAAUUGCCCCCUUUGGGGCUUAAUGCUCCUUCUCUGAUCUCUUUCAAACUAGAGCCUGGAAACCUAGGGUUAUGCCCACUGCCUCUGCUACGAGGCUGGAAGAGAAGAAGGACGCUGUCCCCAGUUUGGCAGGUUCUUCAUUAUUGGGUGUGGUGCUCACUUCAGAGAUGCCUCCUUUGACCUUACUGGCCAGCCAUCACCGAGGUACUAAGCCAGUACCACCAUCUGACUCUUGGUAUGUUUCAAGGGCAACAAAGUGUAGACCACAGUGGACUAUGACCUUCCUCUUCCUCACUGCUCAGCUUAUGAACUCCUACCCAUGUUUUAGAAACCCAUAUCCUAUGUUUCCUUCUCCGUGAAGCCUUCAAAAAUAGACUUUUGUUGAUCCUGCCCUUGGGUUUUCAUUCUGGGCUUUGCCCCUCUGCUGGAGCUAUUACACUGUACUUUAUACGAUUCACAGUUUGGAUGUCUCCCCACUAGACUGUGUGCUUCAGGAGGAUGGGGGCUCAUGUGCAACUUAUUUUAUGUGCAGUGUCUAGGAGUAUUGGACCCUCUUAAACCCUCUUUCAACCCUGGCACAGUUCCUUGCACAUAGUCGGAACUGAGUGAUAUUUGGCAGAGAUCACCAAGGCCUAGAAUAUCAUGGAGAGGAAGACGGGUGUCUAAUGAGAACAUGAUUGGAAAUAACCAGGAGACACAUGUGCCUGAUCAUCUGGCUGGUAUAGCCUAGGUUCCUCUUUGCUGAUGAUGUGUCUAAGUUGUGACGUAUCAAGAGCCACGUAAAAGAAGUUAGGCUUUGGAUGUGGUCUGUUUUGAGUGCUCUGUACAGUUUUCACUAGCCUUGUCAAGACAGAUCAGAGUGUGAACGUUCUCUUAACAGUAAAUACCCUCGUCAACAGGUUGAUUAGACAUUGGCACCCAGCUCUUUCCAUCUCCCACCAGGACAGGAUAGAGGGCCAGCUGUCUUCUAAAAAACCUUUAGUCACACGCUCAGAACAAACGCUGCUCCUCUAAGACAUCCUUUCCAGGAAGGAUUUUAAUCCAAUGUCUUUCUUUGGCAGUUGGAAAUCUUUGAGUGCAGCAUAGGGAAAGUGCUGGGAAGUCUGGAGGGGAAGUUCAGUGUGCCAACAGUACAACCAUCUGAGGCUUAUUGAAAUGUUUCAAGGCCUCAAGAUAUUUAUGCAGCCUGGGCAAGAAUUCCACAUGGGCAAAGAACAUCCUGAUUAAAAAUCCAAACGUUUUCAUGGUGAGACUUGUAUGUGUCAGGACCAUCUGUUGGUGGAAUUAAUAAACCUUAGGUGCUAAUCUGUUAAAGAAAAAGUAGGUGUCUAGAAGCGAGAACAGAGAACCAAAAACAAUCUUUGGUGGCAUGAGGUAAGGUGAAUAUCCUAAUGACAACAGGACUUCAUGUUAACCCAAGGAUCUUUGUGACAGUGACUGUGUCAUUAUUCCUGCUUCCACACCCUGCAAAUAAAGUUCCAGGACACAAACUUUUUGAAAGCCAUUUUUUAAAGAAUAUUAUACUGAACCAGAAGACAAUCAUAUUUUUUCCAGUAUUCUUCUGUUUUAGGUAAUAUAUGAGAAUGUAAAUUCACUUCAGAAUGAGAACUGUUUAACACAGAUGACAGUGAAUUGUGUAAGUCCACAAAUUGAACAGGACUACCUUUCUCAUUCCCCCCCCCGCCAAAUUUUCUUGUUCUUUGUACUCAACAUUGUCUUUAUCUUCUCUCAGCUAGGACCAUUACAAUGCAACUAAAAUCCUGGCCUCCAGGACUGCCUUUCUUAGAAAAACCUACAUAAAAGGCACAUCUGCCUACCUCACCCCCGUCCCAAGUCCUCGGAUAAUUCCAUCACCUUCAAGUUAAAGCUCCUUUCAGCGCUGAGUCCCAGGGGGCUCAGUUCCUUACUAGCUCCCCAGUCACAACCCCAAGGAGUGCCCUCCAUAACAAACACCAUGCUCUCUCUUCCCUCCAUCCCUCUGUGUAAGCUUUCUCUUGUGGAAAAAAAAGCCUUUUCAAUCUUUUUCUUCAUCGGAUGAUGCUUUUUUUUUUUUUUAAGAUUUUAUUUUUAAGUAAUCUCCACACCCAACAGGGGCUUGAACUCUCACAACCCCGAGAUCAAGAGCUGUGUGCUCCACUGACUGAGCCAGCCAGGCACCCCUUAACAGUUAUCUUUUAAGUCUCAGUCCUGUGCCACCAGGAAAUCUCUGUAUUCCCCAGGGAACUUCUGGUUGAUUCUAUUUUACAGUUUACUGUAUUAUUUAAAAGAAAUUUUUUUGUCUCAUUUAAAGUGGAAACACGCUGAGGUCAAGGACAAUGUCUUGACCGUGCACUUAACCACUGAGUUGGAAUUGGCUGAAUUUAGUUGAACAAUGAAAAACAAAGGGCAUUUCUUAAAAGUGUAUCAGAACAGAAAACUAUGUAUAUUCAAUUUAGCGCUAGAGCAUUGAGCUGUAAUGGGUAGACUCACUUAUUAAAGCUGUAUGGUGACAGCCAGAAAUUACAUUAUCACCAAAGCUUAAUAAUGAAAUAGUAAGAACUCACGUUUGGUGUGGCUUUUGCCUCAGAAAUGCCUCUCUCUGCCUCACCAGGUGGACAUCUCUUGGGCUCUGCAGAGCUCUUGCUGAAAUUCCAUCAACCAGUACUACCCAUUUGUAUUACUACUCGUAGCCGGUACCACUACCCUCGAUAAAUGGGUGGCAGGUGCAACAAAACUAGCCCACGUGGCCCAUGAGUAUUGUUUUAAAGUUCUAGUGGAUUCUUUUCACCAUGAAGGUGUGUUAUUAGAUUAGUUUCAUUCAUUAAAAUUAAAAGCAACGAUCUGUAGAUGUCAGUGACAAACUGAAAGAAGAUAUAAACCUGGGGGGUGGGGCAAUUGCUGGAAAGAAAUCAACAAUAAAGUAUCCCUGUCAUAGUUCAAAGGUCAGCAAGCUUCUUCUUAAAGAUCUAUAUAGUAAAUAUUUUCAGCUGUGAGAGCCAUCUGUUCUCUGCUGCAACCACUCAGUUCUGCCAUUAUAGCACAAAAGCAACCACAGACAGUAUAUAAAUGAGAGUGGCUGUGUUCCAAUAAAUCUUUAUUUACAAAAACCAGGCAAUGAGCCAGGUUUGGACUGUGGGCCAAUAUUUAUCUGUACAUAGCUUAAUGGAUCCAAAAUGCUACAUUUGAGUGUGCUCUUUCUUUUUUUUUCUUUUUUUCUUGUUUUUUUUUUUUUUUUAAUUUUAAAGCAAAGCAAUCGAUUUGAGAAAUAUGUUUAAUCACAUAAAAAUCUUUCUAUGGUGGGGAGGGGAGGUGGUGGUGAAAACAUUUGUUGUGUUUGAACUUAACCUUGUUACAAGUUGGUUUUGCAAGAAACUUGGGUCCGGAAUUCUGUUCACACUUUCAUCUGUUUAUAUGUUUCAUACCAUUUUCAAAUAAGUGUGUAUUUUAAUCACCUCCAAUGAAUCAUGAAGAGGAAAGACUUAAUCUGAUUUUCUGUGGAUUUCCUGUGCCCAGAAAAGUGUUGAACACACAGAAAGCAAUCGACAUCUUAAUUGUUGACAGAUAAAAGAUGAGCAACUGGGCCAAUUCAAACUCUCGGUUAUUUGGUCUCAGAUAUUUGGUUCUAAAGAGUGAUAAGUGGUACAUCAACCACAUAACUUUUUCCCAAGUUGUGCUAUGGUUGUGUUCUGGGCGACAAGCCCAUUUUUAUACCCCUUUGAAACAUUUCUGGAAUUCCCCUGCCUGCACACUUCAGAACCAUGGACCUUGAGAGACCUGAUAAGGCAACAGUCAGA